GAAGAGACCAGGUAGAGUUAGUUGGAAAGCGGUUACGUAAAUUAAAAUUUGAUCAUAUCUACUCCAGUGAUUUAUCCCGGGCAAAGAAGACGGCAGAAGCCAUCGCUAAACAUCAUCCGGACACACCAUUCACUGUAGAUAUUCGACUUAGAGAAAGGGUAAAUAUUUUCACUUAA